AUGACAACACCCGAUGUUCCCUCGUCCACCUCUACCUCAUCCCCCACGCCGAAAACUAACACUGACCGAACUCCCGAAUCCCCACUGCCAUCCACCUCCAUCGCCUCAGUAUGCGCUGCGGAGACUCCUGUACCCACCACCACUGCACUAAAUCUUGAUGCACUGACAAACAUCCACCUCACCAUCGCCAACACCAACGAUAUGGACUCGAUCCAUACCUGCCCUCAUUGCGACCGCAUCUUCACCUCACACAUCAGCCUGGUCGGUCAUUUGCGAAUCCAUUGA